GGCGGAUCCAAAAUUUACAUUUUUAAGAUUUUUAAUAUUGAACUCAUCAUACGAUUGAAACUAUGAUUUCAAAAUUUAAUAUUUGUUGAAAUUUUAGUAAUAAUUUAUGUAUAUAUCUAAUAAUAAGUAUAAAAUAUAGUGAGAUAAGUUGAAGUCAUUGCACAUCCGCCUAUGUUAUCAGGAUCAGUUCAAAAUCUCAUAGAGAGAUGUUUGCUUCUAGGCAUGGGUAGAGAUCAAUGCGUUAAUGCGCUAGCUAUACAUGCUAGAAUCCUUCCACUCGUAACAUUAACAGUGUGGAGAGAGCUUCUGAAGGAAAACAGGGACUUCUUUCAAGUUUACUUCAACAAUAUAUCUUCAUUCAGGCAUUAUCAAAGAGAGGCAAGAUUUGGAAGAAGGAAACAAUGGAAAUGAAUGCAAAUUAAGGGACGGAUAUUAAAUAUCGAAGAACUAGGGUUUUCUGGGACUUGACAUAAUGAUUACAAUUACAUUUCUAUUUAGGGAGGUCAGCUCUCUUAGUAUUCAAAAGUUUAUCUUUUUUUCCCUUUCCCUUUGUUAACCUUGUCCUACUUUAGAAAUGGCCAUUACUACAAAAGAUAGGACUCAAUAAAUGAAAGAUAGACGAGGGUCCACAUACGUGCUUACUACUAUUUUUAUUAGGCUAUCAAUUAAUGUAUAUUUCAUAUAAAUUUACUUGUAAUUACCUUAUACGUAAUAUAAAUAUCUUUUA